AUGUCCUCAGGAAACGUCACCCUAGCAUCGAAUGUCCUCGGCACAAUCGGCACAAUCCUCUGGUGCAUCCAGCUCAUACCGCAAAUAUGGUAUAACUGGCGACGCAAAAAGACUGACGGAUUCCCCGCUACAAUGAUGUUUCUAUGGGCAAGCUGCUCGGUUCCAAUGGGCGCGUAUCUGAUCCUGCAGCAAGUGAAUAUCCCAUUACAGAUCCAGCCGCAGAUGUUCGGGUUCUUUUCUCUUGUUGGGUGGGGUCAGAUUCUUUAUUAUAACCAUGACUAUAGCAAAACCAAAGCCAUAUCGUUAUGUUUGGCUAUGAUUGUUCUAUUUGGAGGGUUGGAAGCCCUUCUCAUUCUUACGUUGAGGAUACCAUAUAAUAAAGGCGUGACAUGGCCCGAUAUCUUGGUUGGCGUUGUAGCCGCUCUUCUCAUUAGCGCCGGCCUGAUCCCGCCAUAUUUCGAGUUGUGGAAGAGAAAUGGGCGAGUGAUCGGAUUUAAUUGGGUCUUCCUCUCCAUCGACACGUUGGGCGGACUAUUCUCGCUCUUUGCCUUAGCGGCGCAGGGCUCUUUCGAUAUCCUAGGUGGCAUCAUGUAUAUUGUGGUCGUUGUGCUCGAAGCAGGCAUAUACAUUAGCCAUAUUAUCUGGCGGGUCCGCUAUCGUGCGCUGCGGAAAGAAGCGAAAGCUUCGGGCAAAAGUAUUGAUGAUUUGCUUUCCUUGGAGAGGAAUUAUACACAAGAGUCACAGGAGACACAUGAUCUCGAGAAAGGUAUCAUAGCUGAUAUCCCUGGGGAUGUUGAGAAUCACAUGCGGACAGAACAAACAUUGACACCCAUUGUUGGACAAAGGGAGCCAAUUGAAAAGUGUUGA